CGAGUUCUAUACACCCGCGACUGUCUGAUGUACACGUGUCGCGAUUCUGUGAUGUGACGCCGCAUUGACUUAUACGUCAAGUUUGUUGAUUUUAUAAUAACCGUUUUUUUUUUAUUUAUAUUGAAUAAGAACAAUAAUAUAUACAUCAUCGACGGGGAUUUUAUUUGGAGUAUCUUUUAACUAAAGGAAUCCUCAAAACAUCCACAAUGUUGUGGAAAUGGUUGCCCGUUUGUGUUCUAGCGGUUCUCGUACAGGCCGACAGAAGACUUAUUACUGGCACCAACUCGGAUAGUAAAAAUUCCGGCGUUAUAAUGAUGAAUCCGUCUUCAGUUAUAAUGGCCAAUCGAUUCGUGCGGCAAGACGGGCAUGAUAACGAGAAUAGUCUUGAUCACAAAGUACUGUUAAAAGGUAUUCGAGUAGAUUGUGCAGCAGCCUCCACAGAAAAUUCAAUUUUUGUAGAAAUUGAAUUUUUAGAACCAUUUAAUGGUGUUAUAUACAGUAAAGGUCACCACGAUGAUCCAAAAUGCAGGUUUGUCGAAAGCAAUUCUGGAAAUAGUGUAUUCCAAUUCAAAAUACCAGUAGAAGAUUGCCAACCUCUAGUUAAUGACUCAUGUGGAUCAUCUGGUGAAGAUAGUGGAAAUUGUGACUUAGGUUCAAUAGAAAAUACCCUCAUUAUUCAAACAGAUGAAACCAUUCAAGAAGCAUGGGAUUUAGCUAGAAAAGUGUCAUGUCCUUCUGAAACAAAACCUGGAACAGGCAAAAGAGUACGUUUCAAACCCAUUGUAGUUGAUAUGUUAGAAGUAGUUUCAGUUCCAUCUGGUGACCAAGGAACUUUACAAUGUUGGAUGGAUAUACAAAGAGGACAGUAUCCAAAUACUUCUCCAGUGGAUAAAAUAAUUAAAAUCGGAGAACAACUCUCCUUAUUAGUAUAUGUCAAAAGUACAGAUGACCCUUAUGAUGUCAGAGUGAGAGAAUGUUGGGCAUACGAUAAUGAUAAUUAUGAAGCACCAACCACCACAAAUAUUCAAUUGACUGAUUCUAAUGGAUGUCCCAAAAGGAAGAAAUUGAUAUCACAUUGGAAAAAACAACAAACCGUAGAUCAAAAUGGCAUUACUACAAUCGGUUAUACUAAUGUAACCGCAUUUAAAUUCCCCGAUAGACAACAAGUAUUCCUAACCUGUAAUGUAGAAUUGUGUUUGGGAAGUUGUCCAGAUGAAAAAUGUCAAGCAUCAUUAUCCUCAACCUCAAACUAUCCCGAAUGUUAUCCAAGUUCUUCAGAUCCAAGAUGUGCACAAACACCAACAUCAUCUGUUCCCGAAUGUUACCCCGGCUCAGAUGACUCUAGGUGCUCGAGACCAACAUCUCCAACCACAACACCAGGUCCAGUAUGCUAUCCUGGCUCUCCAGAUCCAAGGUGCCCAAACCCAUCUUCACCACUAACAACACCAAGUCCAGUGUGUUACCCAGGAUCAAAUGAUCCAAAGUGUCCAAAACCAAAUUUACCACCAACAAUCAUAAGCCCAACUCCAUAUCCACAACAAACAACACCUUCUGUACCAUUUUGUUAUCAAGGAUCUAAUGAUCCUAGAUGCCCCAAACCAUCUCUACCACCAACAACACCAGGUCCAGUUUGCUAUCCAGGCUCACCAGAUCCAAGAUGUCCAAAACCAACUUCACCACCAACAACACCAGAUCCAGUGUGCUAUCCUGGCUCUCCAGACCCCAGGUGUCCUAAACCUUCCCCUCUACCAACAUCGCCUACAUAUUUACCACCAACGUCCUCUGGCCCUGUGUGUUACCCGGGAUCAAAUGAUCCUAGAUGUCCAAAACCAACUCAACCACCAACAACACCAGGUCCAGUUUGCUAUCCAGGCUCACCAGACCCAAGAUGUCCAAAACCAACUCCACCACCAACAACACCAGGUCCAGUGUGCUAUCCUGGCUCAUCAGAUCCAAGGUGCCCAAAACCAACUUCACCACCAACAACACCAGGUCCAGUGUGUUAUCCAGGCUCACCAGAUCCCAGGUGCCCAAAACCAACUCAACCACCAACAACUUCAGGUCCAGUGUGCUAUCCUGGCUCAUCAGAUCCUAGAUGUCCAAAACCAACUCCACCACCAACAACACCUAGUCCAGUGUGUUAUCCAGGCUCACCAGAUCCUAGAUGUCCAAAACCAACUCCACCACCAACAACACCAGGUCCAGUGUGUUAUCCAGGCUCACCAGAUCCUAGAUGUCCAAAACCAACUCCACCACCAACAACACCAGGUCCAGUGUGUUAUCCAGGCUCAUCAGAUCCCAGGUGCCCAAAACCAACUUCACCACCAACAACACCAGGUCCAGUUUGCUAUCCAGGCUCACCAGACCCAAGAUGUCCAAAACCAACUUCACCACCAACAACACCAGGUCCGGUUUGCUAUCCAGGCUCACCAGAUCCAAGGUGCCCAAAACCUUCCCCUCUACCAACCUCGCCUACAUAUUUACCACCAACAACAUCAGGUCCAGUGUGUUAUCCAGGCUCACCAGAUCCUAGAUGUCCAAAACCAACUCCACAACCAACAACACCAGGUCCAGUGUGUUAUCCAGGCUCACCAGAUCCCAGGUGCCCAAAACCAACUCAACCACCAACAACACCAGGUCCAGUGUGCUAUCCUGGCUCACCAGAUCCAAGGUGCCCAAAACCAACUUCACCACCAACAACACCAGGUCCGGUUUGCUAUCCAGGCUCACCAGAUCCCAGGUGCCCAAAAACUUCCCCUCUACCAACCUCGCCUACAUAUUUACCUCCAACGUCCUCUGACCCUGUGUGUUACCCGGGAUCAAAUGAUCCUAGAUGUCCAAAACCAACUUCACCACCAACAACACCAGGUCUAGUGUGUUAUCCAGGCUCACCAGAUCCCAGGUGCCUAAAACCAACUUCACCACCAUCAACACCAGGUCCAGUGUGCUAUCCUGGCUCACCAGAUCCUAGAUGUCCUAAACCAACUCCACUACCAACAACACCUGGUCCAGUGUGUUAUCCAGGCUCAUCAGAUCCAUGGUGCCCAAAACCAACUUCACCACCAACAACAUCAGGUCCAGUUUGCUAUCCAGGCUCACCAGAUCCAAAAUGUCCAAAACCAUCCCAACCACCAACAAUACCCCCUCCAGUGUGUUAUCCAGGAUCAAAUGAUCCUAGAUGUCCAAAACCAACUCAACCACCAACAACACCAGGUCCAGUUUGCUAUCCAGGCUCACCAGAUCCAAGAUGUCCAAAACCAACUUCACCACCAUCAACACCAGGUCCAGUGUGCUAUCCUGGCUCACCAGAUCCAAGGUGCCCAAAACCUUCCCCUCUACCAACCUCGCCUACAUAUUUACCUCCAACGUCCUCUGGCCCUGUGUGUUACCCGGGAUCAAAUGAUCCUAGAUGUCCAAAACCAAGUCAACCACCAACAACACUGGCUCCAGUUUGCUAUCCAGGCUCACCAGAUCCAAGGUGUCCAAAACCAACUUUACCACCAACUACGCCGGCUCCAGUUUGUUAUCCAGGAUCUCCUGAUCCAAAAUGUCCACAAAUUUCUCCAUUACCAACAUCCCCUACUUAUUUACCACCAACUACAUCUGAAGUUGUCUGUUAUUCUGGUUCUACAGAUCCAAGAUGUCAAAAUCCUUCUUCUCCAAUAUGUUUUUCAGGUUCUAGUGAUCCUAGGUGUUCAAGACCGAUUGUUCCAACUAAUCAAAUACCACUAAAUCAUUCUACAAACGUUUGUAUUUGUAAUGGUACAAAUCCUUACCAUAUUUCUCCUCCUUUAUGUUUCACUGGUUCUGAAGAUCCUCGAUGUCCAAAACCCAUUCCUACUCAAACUGAUUCAUCUCCUGUGUGUUAUCCCGGUUCUCCUGAUCCUAGAUGUCCUCAGUAUCCUUCUUCCACUCAACAACCACCGACAUAUUUACCACCAAUACAACCAAUUGAUUCAUAUGAACAGCAAGUUCAACAAAAUCAAGAGCAGCCACAGUUUGGUCAGUUAUUACAUGAAAUUACAACACAUUAUCCAUCUUAUUCAUCUGGUGACGAUAACAAUGCUGGUCAAAAUCAGUUGGAUAUUUUUAAUGAUGCUUUAAUUGGAUACAAUGCGCAAAGAAGAGAUUUAGGGCCAGGUUUUGAAAAUCUUAAGACUGAAUUAAAAUAUGAAUUAGGUUAUGAUAACAGUGCAGCUCUUGAUAAAUUAGAAGAUGAUUUAUUAUUUGAACUACAACGUCAAUCAAUCUAUAAAUAAAUCGUUUAUUAAUGAGUAACUAUGAAUAUUUUAUUUACUUUGCUUAUGCCAUUUUUGUUUAAAAAUAUGGUUAAAAUUUUAGUCUAUUUGAAUUGCUCAAACACAUUAACCAAAGUGUUUUAUGUUACCAUCACUUGUUACCAUUAGACAUUUAUGUUAUAAACUACUAUAUAAAAUUAAAAUAUUAUUUU